ACGAGUAGGGAAAUUAGCCUUAGUAGACGUAUUUGUUGAUUAUUCUUCGUAGGUAUCCUCAGAGAACUGUAGUAUCGUUUGGAGGCAAUAGCAGUUGAAGUCAGAAAUGAAAGGGUUUCUGUUUUGCGUUCUAGGUAUCCUCUUGAUAGCAGGAUUUUCACGUGCAGAUGAUGCUGCAGAAACAACAGCAGAAACUGUGGAUGCUGAUAUUGGAUCAAGUAGAGAAGGAUCUAGAACUGAUGAUGAAGUCGUGAAACGGGAGGAGGAAGCGAUAAAACUCGAUGGGCUAAAUGUGGCACAAAUGAAAGAGCUACGAGAAAAAGCUGAGAAAUUUGCAUUCCAGGCUGAAGUAAACCGAAUGAUGAAGCUGAUUAUCAACUCCUUAUAUCGUAACAAAGAAAUCUACCUUAGAGAGCUCAUUUCAAAUGCAUCAGAUGCACUGGACAAGAUUCGUCUCCUGUCACUUACAGAUAAAUCAGUUCUAGAUGCCACAGAAGAACUUUCCAUCAAGAUAAAGGCAGAUAAAGAUAAUCACGUAUUGCAUAUUACUGAUACUGGAAUUGGGAUGACCAAGAAUGAUCUAGUCAAUAAUUUAGGAACAAUUGCAAAGUCUGGAACAGCUGAUUUCUUAAGUAAGAUGCAGGAUGCUAGUACCUCAACUCAAGACAUGAAUGACUUGAUUGGACAGUUUGGUGUUGGCUUUUACUCUUCAUUCUUAGUGGCUGAACGUGUGGUGGUGACUACCAAGCACAAUGAUGACAAACAAUAUAUAUGGGAAUCAGAUGCGACCAGCUUCAGUAUUGUUGAGGAUCCUAGAGGAGCUACACUGAAACGGGGCACUCAAGUCAGUCUUCACCUAAAAGAAGAGGCAUAUGAUUUUGUGGAAACUGACACACUGAAGAAUCUGGUUAAGAAGUAUUCCCAGUUCAUUAAUUUCCCCAUUUAUCUCUGGAGCAGCAAGACUGUAAAGGUGGAAGAGCCUAUUGAAGAAGAUGAACCUGAAACCAAGGAUGACACUGAAAAAGAAGCUGAUGAAGCAGAUGAUGAUACUAAAGUUGAAGAGGAUAAGCAAGAAGAAAAACCGAAGACCAAGACAAUAGAGAAAACAGUUUGGGAUUGGGAAGUUCUGAAUGAUAGCAAGCCAAUCUGGACAAGGAAGCCAAGUGAAAUUAGUGAUGAUGAAUACAAUGAAUUUUACAAGUCACUGACAAAGGAUCACAAAGGUCCUUUAACCAAAGUUCAUUUUGUUGCUGAGGGUGAGGUGACUUUCAAAUCUGUCCUCUUCGUACCACAGAAUCAACCUGGCGAGACUUUCAACAAGUAUGGCAGUAAAACUGACAACAUUAAGCUGUAUGUGCGACGGGUAUUUAUCACAGAUGAGUUCAAUGACAUGAUGCCCAACUACCUUAACUUUGUGCAAGGUGUAGUGGAUUCUGACGAUCUUCCUCUGAAUGUGUCUCGGGAGACACUGCAGCAGCAUAAACUCAUUAAGGUUAUCAAGAAGAAACUGGUGCGCAAAGCACUUGAUAUGUUUAAAAAAAUUGAGAAAGCAGAUUAUGAAAAAUUCUGGAAGGAAUAUUCAACCAACAUCAAACUGGGAGUGAUUGAAGAUCCAUCAAACAGAACACGUCUGGCUAAACUGCUUAUGUUCCAUUCAUCAAAUCAAGCAGGAAUGACCGAUCUAGCAGAUUAUGUUUCAAGAAUGAAGGAGAAGCAGGAUUAUAUCUAUUACAUCGCUGGAGCAAACAGGAAGGAGGUUGAGAACUCUCCAUUUGUGGAACGGCUACUGAAGAAAGGUUAUGAGGUAUUAUAUCUUACAGAAGCAGUAGAUGAAUAUUGUAUCUCUGCUCUUCCUGAAUUUGAUGGAAAGAAAUUCCAGAAUGUUGCCAAAGAAGGUUUUACUCUUACAGAGGGAGAUAAAGCUAAAGAGAAGUUUGAGAAUUUGAAGAAACAGUAUGAACCACUUACCAAAUGGCUCAAUGAUGAAGCCCUCAAGGAUCAA